CCUGAGGAGCCCUGGGUUCCGCGACCGCGAUCGCGACGGGGGCGGCGGCGGGCCUCGGGCUCGACCGCCAUGCUCAGUUCCCGGGCUGGGGCGGCGAUGACCGCGGCUGACAGGGCCAUCCAGCGCUUCCUGCGGACCGGGGCGGCAGUCAGGUAUAAAGUCAUGAAGAACUGGGGUGUCAUCGGUGGGAUUGCUGCUGCCCUUGCGGCCGGGAUCUAUGUGAUUUGGGGUCCCAUCACAGAGAGGAAGAAGCGUCGGAAAGGCCUUGUGCCCGGCCUCGUGAAUUUAGGGAACACCUGCUUCAUGAACUCGCUGCUGCAGGGCCUGUCGGCCUGCCCCACUUUCAUCAAGUGGCUGGAGGAGUUCACCACACAGUACACCAGUAACCAGAAAGAGCCCCCACCACACCAGUACCUGUCCCUCACCCUGCUACACCUGCUGAAAGCUUUGUCCUGCCAAGAGGUUACCGAUGAUGAGGUCCUGGAUGCCAGCUGCCUACUGGAUGUCCUGCGGAUGUACAGGUGGCAGAUCUCUUCCUUUGAGGAGCAGGAUGCACAUGAAUUGUUCCAUGUCAUCACGUCGUCACUGGAAGAUGAGCGGGAUCGCCAGCCGCGGGUCACACACUUGUUUGACGUGCUUUCCCUGGAGCAACAGUCUGAAGCAACUUCCAAACAGAUCACCUGCCGCAUGAGAGGGUCACCACACCCCAUGACCCCUCCCUGGAAGUCUCAGCACCCCUUUCACGGACGACUCACGAGCAACAUGGUCUGCAAACACUGUGAACACCAGAGUCCUGUUCGAUUUGAUACCUUUGAUAGCCUCUCGCUAAGUAUUCCUGCUGCCACAUGGGGACAUCCGUUAACCCUGGACCACUGCCUUCAUCACUUCAUCUCAUCCGAGUCUGUGCGGGACGUCGUGUGUGACAACUGCACGAGGAUUGAAGCAAAAGGGACAUUGGAUGGGGAGAAGGUGGAGCACCAGAGAACCACAUUUGUUAAGCAGUUGAAACUCGGGAAGCUGCCUCAGUGCCUGUGCAUCCACCUGCAGCGGCUGAGUUGGUCCAGCCACGGCACACCCCUGAAGCGACAUGAGCAUGUGCAGUUCAACGAGUUCCUGAUGAUGGACAUUUACAAGUACCGCCUCCUGGGCCACAAGCCCAGGCAGCCCAAGCCCGAGGGGAGCGAGAGCCUGGGACCUGCGAUGGAGUUGCAGGAGGGGCCGCCAGCCCCCAGGGCAGUUCUCAAUCAGCCAGGGACUCCGAAGCCCCAGGUGUUCAUGAACGGUGCCUGCUCCCCUUCUCUGCUGCCAGCCCUGCCUGCCUCAAUGCCCUUUGCACUGCCUGUCCUUCCCGACUACAGCUCUUCCAUGUACCUCUUCCGGCUGAUGGCAGUAGUCGUCCACCAUGGAGACAUGCACUCUGGACACUUUGUCACUUACCGACGGUCCCCACCUUCGGCCAAGAACCCACUGGCGACCAGCAGCCAGUGGCUGUGGGUUUCCGACGACAGCGUGCGCAAGGCCAGCCUGCAGGAGGUGCUGUCCUCCAGUGCCUAUCUGCUCUUCUACGAGCGCGUGCUGUCCAGGGUGCAGCGCCCGAGCCAGGAGUACAAGGCCGAGGAGUGACUCAGGCCCCGGCCCAGAGCCAAAGCCGACGGCGCCGUCCACAUGUCCCGGAAGAAGGCAAAACUGUCUUCUGUGUGUUUAUGUGGCGCGUGCGCAU